AUGGCCAGGGCCUUCCAAUUGCUUCUUUUUCUUUUGGGGAGCUUGCAGACUCUGACGGCUGCCCAGAACGAUUCCCUUUCGGAAUGGCCUCUACAUGACAAUGGAUUGAGCAAAGUCGUGCAAUGGGACCACUACAGCUUCUACGUCAACGGCCAGCGGAUCUUCCUGUUCUCGGGAGAAUUCCACUACUGGCGUAUUCCAGUGCCGGCACUAUGGCGCGACAUCUUAGAGAAAAUCAAGGCGAUUGGGUUCACCGGUUUCGCGUUCUACUCUAGCUGGGCCUACCAUGCACCCAACAACCAGACCGUCGACUUCUCGACCGGUGCCCGUGAUAUCACGCCCAUAUACGACCUAGCGAAGGAGCUUGGAAUGUACAUCAUUGUGCGCCCGGGGCCCUAUGUCAACGCCGAAGCCAGUGCCGGCGGCUACCCGCUUUGGCUUACGACUGGUGCAUACGGGUCGACGCGAAACGAUGACCCUAGAUAUACGGAGGCGUGGGGGCCUUACUUUGCUGAGGUUUCCGAGAUUACGAGCAGGUAUCAGGUUACCGACGGGCAUUAUACCCUCUGCUACCAGAUCGAGAACGAAUACGGGCAGCAGUGGAUUGGGGACCCCUAUGACCGGAACCCUAAUGAGACGGCUAUUGCUUAUAUGGAACUUCUGCAAGAAUCGGCCCGUGCGAACGGUAUCACCGUUCCAUUGACCGGGAACGACCCUAAUAUGAGGACCAAAUCCUGGGGAAGCGACUGGUCGGAUGCUGGGGGUAACCUCGACACUGUGGGCUUGGACUCGUACCCUUCUUGCUGGAGCUGCGAUGUUAGUGUAUGCACUGGUACGAACGGAGAAUAUGUGCCCUACAAGGUGCUCGACUACUACGACUAUUUCCAGGAAGUCCAACCGACGAUGCCAUUUUUCAUGCCCGAGUUCCAAGGUGGAUCUUACAACCCGUGGGACGGCCCCGAAGGCGGCUGCACUGAGGACACCGGUGCCGAUUUCGCCAAUCUAUUCUACAGGUGGAACAUCGGUCAGCGAGUAACCGCGAUGAGCUUAUACAUGAUGUUUGGAGGAACGAACUGGGGCGGCCUCGCAGCACCAGUCACGGCAAGCAGCUACGACUAUUCCGCACCAAUCUCAGAAGAUCGAUCGAUAGGGUCCAAGUAUCAUGAGACCAAACUGAUUGGACUGUUCACCCGAAGCGCAACGGACCUGACCAAGACCGAUCGCCUCGGGAACGGCACGCAGUACACCGACAACGAAGCAGUCAGUGCCACGGAGUUGCGAAACCCAGACACCAACGCUGCCUUCUACGUGACCAACCAUCUGGACACUACAGUUGGCACGGACGAGUCGUUCAAGCUGCACGUCGACACCUCUGAAGGAGCUCUUACCAUCCCAAGGCAUGGAAGCACCAUCCGACUUAAUGGCCAUCAAUCCAAGAUCAUCGUUACCGACUUCAGCAUUGGCCCUGAGACACUUCUAUACUCUACAGCUGAGGUUCUGACUUACGAGGUCUUUGACGGCAAACCGAUUCUUGUUCUCUGGGUGCCUACGGGCGAAUCAGGCGAAUUUGCUAUCAAGGGCGCGAAAUACGGAUCAGUCGCGACAUGUUCAGGAUGCUCUUCUGUACAGUUUCAUCGCGAUGAUGAGUCCUUGACUGUUGGGUUCACUCAGGGACAAGGCCUCAGUGUCCUAGAGAUCGACAACGGCGUGCGAGUGAUUCUGCUUGACAGACAGACUGCGUAUGAUUUCUGGGCUCCCGCACUGACAGACGACCCGCUUGUCCCUGAGGGUGAAAGUGUUCUUGUCAGUGGCCCCUACCUCGUCCGAUCGGCCAGGCUAUCAGGGUCCAAAUUGGCACUACGAGGCGACUCCGAGGGCGAAACCACACUGGAGGUCUUUGCGCCCGAAAAGGUGAAGGAGGUUACAUGGAAUGGAGAGGCCGUAAAGGUGACAAGGACUCAAUAUGGCAGUCUCAAAGCCACCAUUGCCGAGCCCCCAUCUGUUGAGCUGCCGGACUUGAGCGGAUGGAAAGUCAGCGACAGCCUGCCGGAGCGAUUGCCGACCUACGACGACUCAGGCGCGGCAUGGGUUGAUGCGGAUCAUAUGACGACCCCGAACCCGAACAAGCCAGCUACACUGCCCGUUCUUUAUGCCGAUGAAUACGGAUUCCACAACGGCGUGCGCCUCUGGCGCGGCUACUUCAACAGCACCGCCUCAGGCGUCUUCCUCAACAUUCAGGGCGGAGCCGCAUUUGGCUGGUCCGCCUGGCUGAACGGCCACUUCAUCGGCUCCCACCUCGGCGAUGCCUCGAUCCAACAAGCAAACGGCACGCUCACCUUCCCAGCCAACGCGACAACCACAGACGGCACGCCCAACGUCCUCCUAGUCGUCCACGACGACACAGGCCACGACCAGACAACGGGCGUUCUCAACCCGAGGGGAAUCCUCGAGGCUCGUUUACUUGCCGACAGUGACGACACACCCGAGUUCACACACUGGCGCAUCGCCGGCGCCGCAGGCGGAGAGUCAGAUCUCGACCCCGUCCGAGGCGUCUACAACGAAGACGGCCUCUACGCCGAGCGCGUCGGCUGGCACCUCCCGGGCUUCGACGAUAGCGCGUGGACGCCCGUCAACGGAACCGGAAGCUCGCUCUCCUUCACCGGCGCAACAGUCAAAUUCUUCCGCACUGUCAUCCCGCCCCUCUCGAUCCCCGACGGCGUCGACGUCUCAAUCUCAUUCGUCUUCUCGACACCAGACGCGAGCAGCACGUCGUCAGGGAACACGUCUGCCUUCCGCGCCCAGCUGUUCGUCAACGGAUACCAGUAUGGCCGGUAUAAUCCGUACGUUGGGAACCAGGUCGUGUAUCCUGUUCCGCCUGGGAUCUUGGAUUACGCUGGGGAGAAUACGAUCGGGGUGGCGGUUUGGGCGCAGACGGAGGCUGGGGCGAGACUGGCGGUGGAUUGGAGGGUUAAUUAUGUGGUUAGGAGUUCGUUGGAUGUUGGGAGCUUGGAUGUGGAUGGGUUGAGGCCUGGGUGGAGUGAGGAGAGGAAGAAGUUUGCAUAG